CCCGCACUUAUAUUGCGAUACGUCAACAUGUCAGUAUAUAUCUAGGCAGCUCCUGUAGUGCUACCGACUAUCCAUCUGCUCAAAGUAUCGUAGCUGUUCAUCUCAAAUCCCGUGACCCUCAAUCCUCCUUUAAAAGCACGAACACUUCAAAGCCCUCGAACUAUUCAUACCAAAACCAUCUAUAUACCAUGGACGUUCCCAAAACCCAAAAAGCCGCCAUCAAGCGAGGCUCCGGAGAUAGCUCCACUAUCGCUAUUCAAGAUGUCCCUGUUCAACUACCAGGCCCAGACCAAAUUCUCGUCAAGAUCAACUACAGUGGGUUGUGUGCUUCCGACAAGAGCUUGUUGUAUGAUGAGUGGGAUUUCAAGAUGGCACCACAAACUAACUAUAUAGCGGGCCAUGAGGGUGCGGGUGUUGUUGUCGCCGUGGGCUCCAAUGUGCAAGAUUUAUGGCAAGUGGGCAAUCGCGCAGGCAUCAAAUGGAUUGCGAGUGUGUGCCGGAAAUGCGAGUUUUGCACGAAUGGCACAGAUGAGUGUCAUUGUCCUAAGCAAUUGAAUUCAGGGUUUACGAUUGCGGGGACUUUCCAGGAGUAUGCGCUUACGGAUGCACACUAUGCCACAAGGUUGCCGGAUGGUGUCAAGGAUGAGGAAGCGGGCCCAAUCAUGUGUGGUGGUGUUACAGCCUACGUUGCGUGCAAGAGAAGUCAGGUCAAACCAGGACAAUGGAUUGUUAUUCCUGGCGCCGGCGGUGGCCUCGGACACUUCGGUGUCCAAUACGCGCGCGCCAUGGGCAUGCGCGUGAUUGCCAUCGAUGGCGGCGAUGCCAAACGCGAUCUCUGCCUUAAACUAGGUGCAGAGAAAUACAUCGACUUCAAAACCACAACUGACAUUACUACCGAAAUCAUGAAGAUCACUACGUACGGUGCCCAUGGCGUUCUGGUCUUCGCGGCCACUAAGGCAGGGUACGAGCAAGCACCUCAUUUGCUAAGACCGAAUGGAACCAUGGUGUGCGUGGGACUGCCAAACGAUCCGACGAUCAUUGCGGGAGCGCACCCGAUUGUGAUGUGUCUGAGGAAGUUGAAUGUUGUGGGAAGUGUAGUUGGGACGCUGAAGGACGUUGAGGAGGCGCUUGACUUCACAGCACGAGGUCUUGUGCAUCCGAUUCUUACGCAAGGUGGACUCGAAGAUAUUCAUAGGUUCUGUAAAGACAUCAAUGCCGGGAGGCUUGUUGGACGGGCUGUGAUUAAGAUUGCAGGAUAUGUAUAGCUUGAGACGUUUGUUCAACCCCUUUACGAUGGCCCGGAUACUUCAACCCCCUCCCCCGCGUAUAUUCUUCGACUUCAAAUAAGGAACCUCCAAAGUUAUACUGGCUUAUCUUUAUUUCUCCAUAUAACCCUUGCCAUCCUUUGUUGUAACAUUCUGGCGCUCCAGGAUAUAUAUUCCAGCUCGUACCGGUGGAUACUUGGUCGGAUUUUCGGCCGAAACGCAACAGGGAAGAGUCUAAUUAGAGGUUAGCGCUUCCUUUAGUAUCACUUCAUCAGUAAAAUUCCGACUCACUUCUACAAUUGCAUCGUAAUUGAUGCUCGUGAAAAAAGGAACGCUGUAGCGCUCCUCCUGACUCCUGUUAACCACCCUGUGGAUCGUGGAUUUGUAGAGGCCAUUCGUCC